CCAGGGCUGCGCGCCUCCGCCUGACCUGAGACCUGUGGGUUCUAAUCGCGCGGGACCCCGCGUGGACCUGGACGGCGGCGAAGGAGGCGGGCGUGGAAGUCCCUGCCGGGCGCGAAGUCUGGGUCCUCGCGUGCGACAGAAGCUCUUUUACUUCAAAUAAAGAACAUGGUGAAAUUAAUUCACACAUUAGCUGAUCAUAGUGAUGAUGUCAAUUGCUGUGCAUUCUCUUCUUCCCUGUUGGCUACUUGCUCCUUGGACAAAACAAUUCGCCUGUACACCCUAAGUGACUUCACUGAACUUCCGUACUCUCCACUGAAAUUCCACACCUAUGCUGUCCACUGCUGCUGUUUCUCUCCUUCAGGACAUAUUUUGGCAUCAUGUUCCACAGACGGUACCACCGUCCUGUGGAGUACUCACAAUGGACAGACCUUGGCGGUGAUGGAACAGCCCGGGGGUAGCCCCGUGAGAGUUUGCCGGUUUUCGCCAGACUCCUCUUGUUUGGCAUCUGGAGCAGCUGAUGGAACUGUUGUUUUGUGGAAUGCACAAUCACACAAGUUGUAUAGAUGUGGUAGUGUUAAGGAUGGCUCCUUGGUGGCCUGUGCAUUUUCUCCUAAUGGAAACCUCUUUGUCACUGGCUCCUCCUGUGGAGAUUUAACAGUGUGGGAUGAUAAAAUGAGAUGUCUGCAUAGCGAAAAAGCACAUGACCUCGGAAUUACUUGCUGCGAUUUUUCUUCACAGCCAGUUUCUGGUGGAGAACAAGGUCUUCAGUUUUUUCGAUUGGCCUCAUGUGGUCAGGAUUGCCAAGUCAAAAUUUGGGUUGUUUCUUUUACCCAUGUCCUAGGUUUUGAAUUAAAGUAUAAAAGUACUUUGAGUGGGCACUGUGCACCUGUUCUUACUUGUGCUUUUUCCCAUGAUGGGCAGAUGCUAGUCUCAGGAUCAGUGGAUAAGUCUGUCAUAAUAUAUGAUACAAAUUCACAGAAUGUACUUCACACAUUGACACAGCAUACCAGGUAUGUCACAACAUGUGCCUUUGCACCAAAUACUCUCUUACUCGCUACUGGUUCAAUGGACAAAACAGUAAACAUCUGGCAAUUUGACCCGGAAACACUUUGCCAAGCAAGGAGCAUGGAAGAUCAGCUAAAACAGUUUCCUGAAGAUUGGUCAGAGGAAGAUGUUUCACUAUGGCUUUGUGCACAAGGUUUAAAAGACCUCAUUGGUAUUUUCAAGAUGAAUAACAUUGAUGGAAAAGAACUAUUGAAUCUUACUAAAGAAAGUUUGACUGAUGAUUUGAAAAUUGAAUCUCUAGGGCUGCGUAGUAAAGUGCUUAGAAAAAUUGAAGAGCUCAGGACCAAAGUGAAAUCCCUUUCUUCUGAAAUUCCUGAUGAGUUUAUAUGUCCAAUAACUAGAGAACUUAUGAAGGAUCCUGUCAUUGCAUCAGAUGGCUAUUCCUAUGAAAAGGAAGCAAUGGAGAAUUGGAUCAGCAAAAAGAAACGUACAAGUCCCAUGACAAAUCUUGUUCUUCCUUCAGUGGUACUUACACCAAACAGGACUCUGAAAAUGGCCAUCAAUCGAUGGCUAGAGACACAUCAAAAAUAAAAUUGCUGGGCUGGGGAUUUAGCUCAGUGGUUCCGCCACCUGCCUUGCAAGCA